AUGGCUGAAGAAAAAACAUUUCGCUAUGGACUUAUUGUCCUGGGAUUGUUUCUGGUCAUGAUCGGCAUGUUCAUAAUGAGUGUGGAGAAACCACAAAUCUAUAUUACCUUCUGCACCCUGGGAGUCUUGGUCAUCGCUGUGGGUAUCAUCUGGAGCAUGUGCCAGUGCUACCCAAAGAUCAGAGUUGUUUCCAUUGACCCGGAGUCUGAGAAGUUUCUUGUAAAGAACCCAGAAUCUGAAAAGUUUCUUGUGAAGAAGUUGGCUGCCUCAUCAUCAAUUGAAAGUAAGAUUCCUGAGAAGAAAAGUUUGCAAACCCAAUACACAAGCCAGAAAGAAGCUGACAUAUAUGAGAAAAGCCUGCCGACUUAUGAACAGAUCCAGACAAACAGUUCUGCAGAAUGCUUGGGAACUUUGCCUGUCCCAUUACCACUGGUCAGGACAGGAAGACAUCUCCAGCCUCAUGUACAUGCCAAAGCAGAGGUACACAGGGACUCAGAGAGUAAUGGGAACCCUAUCAGAGAUGCAACAGGACUGAACUGGUGAGCACUUUUGUGCUCUUAUGCACGCCCCUUAUAGUUUCCAAAGUCUGCACCAUUAGCAUCUCUUCAAGAGGAAGUGGACACGUCUUCUCUGGACUCAACUUCCAACAGCCCAUUUUUACAGCGGUGGAAAGAUGUCCCAAAUCCUGUGUCUCUAACAGGAAGCCAGCUCCAAUUCAAGCUUCCUUCUUAUGAAGAUUUUGCCUUGAUUGAUUCCCUGGCGGUGGAAGGUCAGGGGCAAAGCAAUGAAAAUACAGUGGCCCCAAGCCAGAGCCAUUGCUCUGUUCCUCCUACAGCAGGUGAUGGCAUUGUGGGAAUAGCAGGUCGUGGUCCUCUGGAAUGCAGCAGAGCCUUGCAAGAGGGAGAAGAGGAUGAUUUAUACUAUGGGAUCCAGGAGGAUCCAAGAGACACCUUUCCUUCUGCGAAGUCUCUUUUUAAAAAAAAAAAUCCCAGAAAUAUUCAUUUCUAA